CACACCGAUGACACCAUCACUUCCGAAGUCGUUGACGGACGAACCGAUCAACCCAACCAACAUCCCCCGAGCCGGCCGAGCGCCCCCACGUCGUCCUCCCUCCCUUCUCCUCCCCACCACAUCGAUCGUCUUUUGGCCGAAACCCACGGCAAGCUCGGCGGAGCAAGGACCUCGAGCGCCGCCGUAGGCCCCGACAUGGCGCCGGCACCAUGGAGCUCCCCGUCGUUGCUCCUCCUCCUGCUGUUCGCCGCGGCGGCCGCGGCGGCGCCCAUGGAGCUCUACUUCUCGCAGGCGGAGCUGGCGCGCAUUGCCGGGUACGGCGAGGAGCCGGUCUCCACGGUGCUGGUGUCCGGGCAGGUCGCCUGCCAGCUCUGCCUCCGGCCAGGCUCUGACCUUCUCACCUUCGACCUCCCAGGUAGUAAGGUGGCAGUAACCUGCACAACCGAAGUUCCCAACACGAUGGCUAACUCUGCAUUUGCAACAGCAAAUGAGUACGGCAAUUUCACCAUAGAGCUCCCGUCCCGGCUUCACGCCACACCGAGCCUAGAGAAUGCAUGCUCAGUCAAGGUGCUGGAGCUUCCGCCGGACUCCGCGUGCCGCGUCACCGGCGGCCAUGGCUCCUCUCACGGCCUCCGGCUAUCUUCGUCGGACGGCGGCGUCCGCACCUACACAACAGGGGUCAUACGGCUGCAACACGACGGCACGCCGUCCGACAAGUGCGUGCGUGAAGAGGACACGAGUGAUUAGGAGAUGAACGACCAGUUCGGUCCUUGAAGUUGAAGGGAGUGUAAAGAUCAAGUGGAGGUGCUGCUUUCGCCUCUCGUAUAGCAUUGAUGAAACACAUACAUGUAACAUGUUGUAGAUUACAGGGUGUGUUUGAUAGUCAGUCUCACUCUGGUAUGGCUAUUCUCUCCUGAGACAUGCUGACUAGACCAGAGCAAGUUUGUGUAUAUACAGCUGUGAUGCUGUGUUUAAUUAAUAGCAUGUUCUCAUAUGUUGAGACAUACUAAGCGUUGG